AUGGUUGUUGCUUAUCGCAGAGGAAGACCUGACCGACCUCCUCCCAUGCUGUCAUUUCCAGUCUUGUUUCUUUGGCCUCAAAGAGGUGAUCUUCUGAGAAAACUUGCAGGUGUUCUUUGGGAAAAAAUAGAUAAGAUUAAACAGGAAAAAGAUAAGACUGCACUGGAAAAAGAUAAGAUUGAACAGGAAAAAGACAAGAUUGCACAGGAAAAAGAAGCACUGUGGCACGAUUUAGAACAACUCAAGAAAGAAAUUGAGAGGAAGAAGGCUCAAUUCAAGUCCUCAUGGAGGGAAAUACCAUUAUAUGCUGAUUGGAGAAAAGAAGAGUUCCAGAUUGUAAAUCUGACUCUGGAUGCAGCCACUGCCCAUUCUGCGCUCUUCUUGUCUGAAGAGGGGAGAAGAAUAACCUGGCUAGAACCAUGUCAAGAUCUUCCCAGCUCUCCAGAGAGAUUUGUCUCCCUUCCCUGUGUGCUUGGUCAGCUCCACGUCAGCUCAGGGAGAUACUUCUGGGAGGUGGAGGUUCAGAAUGCACAUUCCUGGGACCUGGGAGUUUGUAAGAAUAAUGUAGCAAGGAGUGGGAAGGUAACAGUGUCACCACAGAAUGGUUUCUGGGCCAUUAGGCUCUACAGUGGGGAGUACUGGGGCCUCACAUCCCCAGAAACUUCUCUUACUCUAAAAGAAAAACCCUGUAGGGUAGGAGUAUUCCUGGAUUAUGAGGCUGGAGAUGUAUCUUUCUAUAACAUGAAAGAUGGAUCCCACAUCUACACAUUUUCCAAACAAGCAUUCAAUGGUGGCCUAAGACCACUUUUUAGACUUUGGUCCUCUGACUCAGGCCCUCUGACCAUUGUCCAGGUGGAGUAGAACACAGUGAUGCUGUAAUUCAUAUGCCUAACCUUCCACGAUGAUUACAAUUCUCCUCAUUAGACACAAAUUUAUUUUUUUCUUCCUCCUUUACUGGUUCAUUCUAAGAUGAAGCUCUGAUACACACACUGAUGGUUGUCUCUCAUAGUAAUUCUCCCUUCUUCCUAAGUUAUAGGUCCCUCAAUUAUUACUAUGUCUAUGACAUAGUAAUAUUAUUAGUAACAAUUAUUAUUACUAUGUCUAUGACAGUCUAGUAGAAAGAUGAGAUUUCUUUGCAUCCCCUGCUGAAUGUGACUAAAUUAUGACCCGUGCAUUUUAAGAUGAAUUAUUCUGUAUGACUCUGUAUGGAAAAGACCCUGAUCCUGGGAAAGAUUGAGGGCAGAAGGAGAAGAGGAUGACAAAGGUUGGAUGGCAUCACCGAGUCAAUGGACAUGAACUUGGGUAAACUCGGAGAGAUGGUGAGGGACAAGGAAGCCUGGAGUGCUGCAGUCUGUGGGGUUGCAAAAAGUUGGACAUGACUUGUCAACUAAAUAACUACAUUCAGUAUCAUCUCUGGAAUGUGUUCUUAAAGGAAAAUUAUGUGAUUUUAUUCUUUUCUCUAACUAUUUGGAUGGCUGGAAUGUGGCAUGAUGGGUGGAUCUCUAAGAAUAUCUCUGAUCAUGUAAUAUGAUAUGGACAGAAAAGAAGAUAUUAAUAGAAUGAUUCUGGACUUUUGACAGCUUUAUGAAACUGCUAUAUGCUCACUUUCUGAAUUACUUCCAGUAAGAAACAAAUUUUGUAUCUUUAAA